CACCCGCUCCCGCUCCGCCCGAGCAUGCGCAGAGACAGUGAGGCGCUUGUAGUCGCAGGGCGGCCGAGGCCCAGCAUGCCCUGCGCGUGCUGCAAGAUGGCGGCGCCCGUGCUGAGACGCCUGUGCUGCAGGCCCCAGUCGGGGGUCUGGCCGCGCGGGCUGCGCGUGGUGCGCCUGGGCGCGCGGGGAAUGCUGGCGGCGCCAAGGGCCCGGGGCCUGUUCAAGGAGUUCUUCCCCGAGAGCGGCACGAAGACCGAGCUCCCCGAACUCUUCGACCGCCGCAGGGCGGGCUCGUCGCCCCAGACAGUGUUCUGCGGUUUCGACCCCACGGGCGAUUCGCUCCACGUGGGGCACCUGCUAACUUUGUUGGGUCUGUUCCACUUUCAGCGAGCCGGCCACAACGUGAUCGCGCUCGUGGGGGGCUCCACAGCCCGCCUGGGGGACCCUAGCGGCCGGACCAAGGGGCGCGAGGCGCAGAGCGCGCAGUGCGUGCAGGCCAACGCGCGCGCCCUGCGCCUGGGGCUCGAGACCCUGGCUGCCAACCACGCGCGGCUCUUCGCGGACGGGCGGCCCUGGGGCACUUUCACCGUGCUCGACAACGCCGCCUGGUUCCAGGAGCAGCACCUGGUGGACUUCCUGGCCACAGUGGGCGGCCACUUCCGCAUGGGCACGCUGCUCAGCCGGCUGAGUGUGCAGAGUCGCCUCAAGAGCCCCGAGGGCAUGAGCCUGGCGGAGUUCUUCUACCAGGUGCUCCAGGCCUAUGACUUCUACUACCUCUUCCAGCGCUAUGGAUGCCGGGUCCAGCUGGGCGGAGCAGAUCAGCUGGGCAACAUCAUGUCUGGAUACGAGUUCAUCCACAAGUUGACUGGAGAAGAUGUAUUCGGAAUCACUGUUCCUCUCAUUACAAGUACAACUGGAGCAAAGUUGGGAAAGUCUGCUGGCAACGCCGUUUGGCUAAACAGAGAGAAAACAUCACCAUUUGAACUUUAUCAGUUCUUUGUCAGACAGCAAGAUGAUUGUGUAGAAAGGUACCUGAAGCUCUUCACUUUUCUCCCCCUUCCAGAGAUUGAACACAUUAUGCAGCUGCAUGUUAGAGAACCAGAAAAGCGGGGUGCUCAGAAACGACUUGCUGCAGAAGUAACAAAGCUUGUUCAUGGACAAGAAGGUCUGGACUCUGCUAAAAGGUGUACACAAGCCCUUUACCAUAGCAGCAUAGAGGCACUGGAGGUCAUGUCUGACCAAGAGUUAAAAGAAUUGUUUAAAGAAGCUUCAUUUUCUGAAUUAGUUCUCGACCCUGGAACAAGUGUCAUAGAUACUUGCCGGAAAGCAAAUGCCAUUCCAGAUGGUCCCCGAGGGUAUCGGAUGAUAACAGAAGGUGGAGUCAGUAUAAAUCACAGACAGGUAACAAAUCCUGAGAGUGUUUUAGUAAUUGGACAACAUAUUCUCAAGAAUGGACUUUCCUUACUUAAAAUAGGUAAAAGGAAUUUCUACGUUAUAAAAUGGCUUCAGUUGUGAAAGAUUUUCUCCAAAGAUUUUGUCCAUCAUUCAUUUUCAAAACAUGGAGGGUCUUAAAAAUCAAGAAUGAAAUAUACACAAGGCUUUACAAUGUAAACACCUUUGUGCAUUUUUAAAUAAAUAAAGUGUUAUCUAACUAUG